UGCGCUAUCAAUCCUGCCAGAUGCGCGCCGGAUGAAAAGAACUGUGGAGGCAAAUCUUCUGAAUUAAAACACAAUCUGCUAGCUUGGUACUGAAAUUCAACAGAAGAACGAGAUUACUUAGCGUUUGAGCAUUGUGUCUCACGCUUUCGUGUUUCAUUUCCCCACCCUGUCGAAAUGGCAGAUAAAGAGGUGUAUGACGAUGCUGUGGAGGAGAGAGUCAUCAACGAAGAGUACAAAAUCUGGAAAAAGAACACGCCGUUUCUGUAUGACCUGGUUAUGACACACGCCCUUGAGUGGCCCAGUCUUACAGUUCAGUGGCUGCCCGAUGUAAACAGACCAGAGGGAAAGGACUACGCUGUCCACAGGCUGGUGUUGGGGACGCACACCUCUGACGAACAGAAUCACCUGGUCAUCGCCAGCGUCCAGAUCCCUAAUGACGACGCACAGUUUGACGCUUCGCAUUACGACAGCGAAAAAGGAGAGUUUGGAGGCUUUGGCUCUGUGAGUGGGAAGAUCGAGAUCGAGAUCAAGAUCAACCACGAGGGUGAGGUGAACCGUGCGCGCUACAUGCCCCAGAACCCCUGCAUCAUCGCCACCAAGACGCCCACCUCCGACGUGCUGGUGUUCGACUACACCAAGCACCCCUCCAAACCAGACCCCAGUGGAGAGUGCAGUCCAGACCUGCGGCUGCGCGGGCAUCAGAAAGAGGGGUACGGCCUCUCCUGGAACCCCAACCUCAGCGGCAACCUGCUGAGCGCCUCAGAUGACCAUACCAUCUGCCUGUGGGACAUCAGUGGCAGUCCGAAGGAAGGGAAGAUCAUCGACGCCAAGACCAUCUUCACGGGACACACCGCCGUGGUGGAGGACGUCUCCUGGCACCUGCUGCACGAGUCCCUCUUCGGCUCCGUGGCCGACGACCAGAAGCUCAUGAUCUGGGACACUCGGUCCAACAACACAGCAAAGCCCAGCCACGCGGUGGACGCACACACUGCCGAGGUCAACUGCCUGUCCUUCAACCCCUACAGCGAGUUCAUCCUGGCCACCGGCUCAGCUGACAAGACGGUGGCCCUGUGGGACCUCCGCAACCUGAAGCUGAAGCUGCACUCCUUUGAGUCGCACAAGGACGAGAUCUUCCAGCAGGUACAAUGGUCCCCUCAUAACGAGACCAUCCUGGCAUCCAGUGGCACGGACCGCCGGCUCAAUGUGUGGGACCUGAGUAAAAUCGGGGAGGAGCAAUCAGCUGAGGACGCAGAAGACGGACCUCCUGAGCUCCUGUUUAUUCAUGGUGGACACACAGCCAAGAUCUCUGACUUCUCCUGGAAUCCUAAUGAACCCUGGGUAAUCUGCUCCGUGUCUGAGGACAACAUCAUGCAGGUCUGGCAAAUGGCGGAAAAUAUUUACAACGAUGAGGAACAAGACACCCCUGCUUCAGAGCUGGAGGGGCAGGCCUCAUAACGGCACUGCCCCUGGGGCAGUUGAGGGGGGGAUUGGGGGUACUGGCACUUCCGAGGCUCCUGAAGGCCCCUCAGCUGCAAGAAACCGGUUUAGUCUCUCCGCCUCUAGUUUCUAUUCCUCUGCAUUCCACAGAAUAGUGGGCGCCACCCUGUCCCUCUUCAGCUCAGCAGCAGGCUGAGUUGCCCCGUAUUGAAACAAUCCCUUUUCGUAAUCAGUGUUGGUAGCUGUUUCAGCCUCCAGUUCUCUUGCAACCGGCUUAGUUUGGUCCUUCAUGGUCACGCUGAACAGAGCUUCACAUUGCAGAGGGGAUGAGGGUGGCUGUUGUUUUUCAACAAAUGCACUUGACAGAUGCAACCUAAGGUCACAGCAUCCUGAAAUACGACCCACCCUUUCAGGGCCAGAUGGCAGGGUAACAAUUUCUCUCUUCUUCAGUUUUUCUUUUUGUGCUUAACCUGAUGAGAAUUGCAAUAAAAUGUUUUGUAAUAACUUUUAAA